CCAAGAGCGCGUAGUCUAGAUUUGGCGUUACUUCUGACUCCAUGUGAAAAGAAGGAGGCUACAGGCAUUUGGCUUUUCCCAAAAUAUGGAUGAAAUUAUCCCAAAUUUAUGGCUUGGUCCAAUGCCAUUUUCAGAAAAUAUUCCCACGCUGAAAAAACAUGGAAUAUUAUCAAUUCUCACGUUGGAUAUUUUACCGUUGGAUCCUGUUGUCUUUAAAGAAUUCAAUAGGAAGUAUAUCUAUCUUCGUGAUGAACCUACACAGGACUUGUUGGAUUUACUUGAAGAUGCAUUAACUUUUAUCGAGAGUAGUAUAAAACAGUCGAGCAUCUUAGUGCAUUGUGCUAUGGGAGUGUCACGUAGUGCAAGUGUUGUCAUCGCUUAUAUUAUGCGACAGAAUUGCUUAUCUUAUGAUGAGGCUUAUACAAUUGUCAAUAGAAAACGAAGUGUCUUCCCCAAUAAUGGAUUCAUCAAUCAACUCAAAUUAUUUCAUGCGAUGAAAUGGAGGGUAGACCGAAAUUCCCCCUUGUUUCAACAAUAUUCAAUGCGAAAAAAAUUCUCCCCUUAUCAAGAUCAAAACAGUGAUCAUUUGACCAGCAGCGUCAAUAGCAGUCAGGCAGUCAGCCAUAACUUAUCCUGUAUACCAGCAACGUUUAAAUGUAAAAAAUGCAGACGUGUAUUAUUCAACUCAAAUCAAUUACGUGCUCAUCAAAAACCUGGAAAGACGCCCAACAUUAACUUCAGCAAUUCAUCACUAAAGUCUAGUACACGUGGUGAUGUUGAUGAUGUUGCCCAAGUGUCAAGUGUCCUGAUCAGUGGUAUCACAUUGAAUGACUCACCUGUACAAUGUGAUAAAGACGAGUUAUUCUGUGAUCCAUUAGAUUGGACACAGCAAUUUACAAGUGAAGUUGAAGGCAAGCUCUAUUGUCCUGGGUGCAAUACUAAAGUUGGUUCUUUCAAUUGGUGUGAAUCAUAAUCCCUUUGGGCUGUGAGUGACUGUCUGCUCCAUAUCACCCUUGUCCCCCAACGAACUCUUCGUUUCCCACUAGAGUACCAUUGAUUCUUCGCCGAUUUCCAUGGAGUGAUUGUGAGCGAGGUCACAUAUGUAGGUCAAAGUAGUAGGAUGAGAUCAGUUACAUUCGCAGAGAACAAAAACUUAGCAAAAUCUAAAUUAAACGAAGGCCAAAAAGAAAAGAAUACGCUUCAGUGCAAAAGAAGACACUCUAUUUGAAUCUGGAAUUCAGGAGAGACCCAGCAGCAGAUAUCCUUAAAAGGAGAAUCUCCAAUUCCCUGAAGAAGACUUUUCCGGCAGCAACUCUAAGAGUGAUAUUCUGCAGCCAACCACUACUUCGGAGCAACGGGAAGGACAGAUUUCCACAUAUGACCACUUCAGUGUGCAUUUAUCAGUUCAGCUGCUCUUGUGGAGCUAGAUACAUAGGUCGUUCUAUGCGGGUUUUAUCAAAAUAUGUUAGAGAACAUCAUCCAGCAUGGGUGCAAAGAGGAGGCACUGGUUCAAUCAGAAGCGCGAUAACUGAACACCUCGUCAAUACCUGUCACAGAAUCUCAACCAACUCAUUAUUCAGAGUCAUUUGCAAAGUAAAGAAUCUACCAAAGACAGUGUGUUUCCGAUUUCUUUGUACUGAGGAAGCUCUCACUAUAUGCAUCGUAAGGCCGAAGCUGUUUGUUCAAAAGAAACUAGUCCAGCCGUUACAACUACCAUGGACCUAGUUCGGUAUGUUCCCUUAUCCUUCAGAUUUUUUGUUUUGUUCUCUGUGUGUUUGUGUUUCUCUCUCUUUGUCUUCAUUCAGUUCAUCCCAUUUUUUUCGGUUAUAAAAUCAAAUAUUUUUAGUUUGUUUCCAUGCUCCUCCUGAUGACACUUGUAAUCCUUUUAGAAUAGCUAUUUGACAAUUAUAUUCUAAUCC